GAUCACCGUAUGUUCAAGAUGUCCGCUUUACUUCGAAGGAAUAUAAUUGCCCUARUAGUAGCGCUUUUGGCUAACCUCGCAUUCAGUAUGGCAUGGUACCCUUACGGUACYAACACUCCGUACCAACCAGGCAAUCUAAAAGCCAUUAAUACACCAGUUGGCUGCACUGUCGUCCAUUUGGAUAUGGUUCUGCGCCAUGGUUCACGAUAUCCGUGCAGCCACUACAAAGAACCGUUGGCCAACGUAGUAGAAGAGGUCAAUAAAGUGCAUAAAUCCAAGGCUUUUACGUUCAAGAAUCUGACAAUUCCAUGGAARCUACCGGACGAGUAUCAAUUUGCAGGUGACUGCGAACAGGGAGAGCCUGGGAACAAAGAAAUAUACCAACUGGGGAAGCGUUUUAGGUCUAAAUACAAUACCCUCUUCAACAAAAAGAAAUAUUGGAACGCCCAUUAUAGAUUUGAAGCAUCCGAUACACCACGGUCAUACAAGAGUGCCGUAGCGUUCAGUAUGGGUCUUUUUGAUGGUAAUGGCACGUUAGAUGGUGGUAAAUAUCAACCUAUAGCAGUUAAGGUUACUGGGCCAAAAACCAAAGACAAAAAACUUCGUUUUUUCAGCUCAUGUGCAAGGUACAUACAGGAAAUAAACAAUGGACCUGGACUAGACGAAUGGAAGAAAUUUGCCAAGGGCUYCGAAAUAAAGCAGGUCAUUUCCAACGUCAAUAAACGACUGAAUCUCGGCRGUAAAAUUCCUUUAGACGCAGAUUUCGUUUACUACAUGUUCUGGUUCUGUGCGUAUGCCACAAUGAAYAACUUAAAACGUGACUGGUGCKCUCUGUUUGACGAGGAGGACUUGAAUGUUAUGGASUACUACGACGACCUCUGGGGSUACUAUAGCUCGUCAUAUGGAAACGRAAUCGGUUACAAGACUAAUUGCCCCCUCAUGUCAGACAUUGUGGACUCCCUGGAUAACUUCAUAAGCAACAAAGACGGCCAUCCGUAUGGAACCUUUAGGUUUACCCAUAUUAGUACAAUAUUGGCUCUGCAGACACUCUUUGGCAUGUAUAAUUCAACUGUGCCGUUGAGAGCUGAUAACUACGCCCAGAAUGCAAAUCGARYCUUUCGUACAUCAAAGAUAGUGCCCAUGUCUGCUAGCCUCGCUCUUGUGGUGUAUCGUUGUGGCAAGGAUUAUAAAGUACAGGCUUUGAUGAACGAGAAUUCAGCUUUACUGCCAUGUUGCAGCCCCGAUGGGAACAGCUCAAGACCUUGCAGCUUAGAAAAGUUUAUGUCSUGUUAUAAACACAUUGGAAAAAGCUGUAACUUCGAAGCAUUAUGUGCUGUCUCUGCUGGUUCACACCUUUGCCAGUGUGAAUGGAUGAUUCUGCUCUUGAUACUAGUUAGAUUUAUUAUAUAGUUGCUGAGUUUGAGCGUAUUCGCAUUUAUAAUUACAGGGUUGCAAGCGUUUAAAUCUCGAAAAAUUUACAAAGAAUGUAUGGAGCACU